GUGUACCAUAACUCCAAAAUACAAGGAAGUUACGCAAAGAUAUAAUGUACGUAUCUAUAUAUUAUUAUGUACCUUUGAAAAAUGGUUGUACUAACUUAUAUGCUAAUUCAAUUAAAAAUAAGUAGGCGGGGGACGACAUAAAGUAUGUCUACUUAAAUAAAAAAUAUUCACUAUUAUAUUACCAGUAAGGUAAACACAUGUCGCGUAGGUGGCGACACUCUAGUUUAAUUAUACGGUUGCAGGGAACUCAUGUUAUAGGGUAGUUUAAUAAGUAUUUUUAUUUUUAAAAUAGUUUGAUAGAUCCGUAAGUUAAUGGAGGUGACGAAAGAAUUUUUUGAAAAGCUAGAUGCUUUUGUCGAUCAAUAUGGAGAUCCAAGAACUAAUGAAUGGCCCAUGGUCCAAGGAAUCACAACACCAUUAGCAUGUGCCUCGGUGUAUUUAUACCUUGUGUUAUACUUGGGGCCGAAAUUUAUGGAAAAUAGAAAACCAUUUCACUUAUUACCAAUAAUUAAAGUUUAUAACUUAGUUCAGUUGGUAGCGUGUAUCUUAAUUUUUUAUAUGAUUUUGAUCUCUGGAUGGACAACUAAAUAUACUCUUGGAUGUGAGCCUGUUGACUCCAAUGCACCACACUCAAAUCGAUUAGCUCAACUGUUUUGGUGGACAUACAUGUUGAAAUUGGUUGAAUUUUCUGAAACUGCAUUUUUCAUACUACGUAAAAAGACAAAACAAGUUUCUGGACUUCAUGUUUAUCAUCAUGCUUCUACGUUUAUUUUAGCAUGGGCAGCUGUUAAAUUCUUCCCAGGAGGUAUGGCUUCUUUUCCAAUUUUAGUGAAUUCAGUAGUACAUAUUAUUAUGUAUGCUUACUAUCAACUUUCAUCUAUGGGACCACAAUAUCACAAAUUUACUUUAAAGUAUAAAAAAUAUGUGACUAUUAUUCAAUUGAUUCAGUUUGGAAUACUUGUAGUACAUACACUACAAGUUUUGUCAUCAAGUUGUUCCAUGCCUAAUGCAUACCUAUAUGGAAUGCUACCAGACAUCAUUGUAUUGUUUUAUUUAUUUUACAAAUUUUACAGAAAUACAUACACAACAAAAAUAAAACAUUUUGAGCUUAAAUCGGCCGAAAAAAUUAAAUAAUUAUCUUAUCAUUUCUAUUAUUCCUAUACAAAUAUAGAAAAAUUACAUCAAACAAAAAUGAAUAAGCAUAUAAAAAUGCCAAGAAAAUAUUAUAACAUUAAAUUGUAAAUUGUAAUAUUAUUUAUUUUGCUUAAAUAUUUUAUAUUAUAAUUAAAAAGAAAACCUAAAAUUUGUAUUAUUUUUCUGUUUAUACAACACAACAUUGAACUAUUAAUGUAUUUAGUGAAUUUUAUAUUAUAAAUUGUUGGGUUUAAUCUAAAUUUUAAUUUCAAUUACUUAUUAAAAUGUACCUGUAUUUUAUGUCACAAUCUUAAGUAUAAACAAUUAUAAAAUUAUUCUACAACUGAAA